AUGCUCCCAAAAUUCAGCAUCAACAGCAAACGCGACGAAUAUCAGAACACCACCAAGACAUCAACCAUUAUUGUUUCGUCGCCUCGAAUGAUCGCAAUCAAUCGUCGAGUCGUUCCAUUCACCAUCGUUCGAAUUCCAUCUUGCUCCUUCUUCACGUCGUUCCGCAAGGGAUCGGCCGCAAUGAAAGAAAUAGAAAAAAACUUCUCUGCGAAACAAAGAUUUUCAACUAGCAAAAUUCCUCUCUCAGCUUAUCGCUUCACGGAGAAGGAAGACGCCCGUGCACUGGGAUGA